AUGGAUUUUGAAACAAGGAGUGGAAAGAGCCUAAGCUUGGGGAUUACCAAUGCACCCAAAGAUUGCCAAGAAUUUAAAUAUCUUGUAAAUGACCAUAAAGAUACUACUGGUGUUUCAGAUCUUAACAAUAUGGCCCAUCACAGAGCAAAGGAUUUGCCAAUAAAGGAGACAGAUGGUAUUCAUGGAAACAGAUAUAUAGAGUCUGUGAAGCCAUCACCAGUAGAUCAACUGAUCAAAACAGAGGAAAGAGAAUCAGGGGACACAGGUCUUAAGCCUUAUAUCCUAUACCUGCGCCAGAAAAAAGGCUUCCUGUAUGCCUCCCUUUCUGUCAUGUCUCACAUAAUUUUCAUAGCUGGGCAAAUAUCACAGAAUUCAUGGAUGGCCGCUAAUGUCCAAAAUCCUGAUGUUAGUGCACUAAAGUUAAUUUCUGUGUACAUUGUUAUUGGAGUUUGCACGGUAUUCUUUGUGCUAUCAAGAUCUAUAUUCCUCGUUGUUCUUGGGAUGCAGACUUCAAGAUCCUUAUUUUCCCAGCUACUUAAUUCAUUGUUCCGUGCACCAAUGUCCGUCUUUGAUUCUACUCCUCUAGGCAUGGUUCUUAGCCGGGUCUCUUCAGAUUUAAGCAUCAUUGACCUUGAUGUUCCAUUUGCAUUGAUGUUUGGCUUUAGUUCCAGCUUAAAUGCAUAUAGCAAUAUGGGGGUAUUGGCUGUUGUUACAUGGCAAGUUCUGUUUGUACCAUUGCCAAUGAUAGUUUUGGCCAUUCGGUUACAGGUUCUUGACAAAUGCCAACUUCUUGAAGCUGUCCGGGAGAAGGAACAGGGAUUGGAUUCACUUGUUGCGGAAGACGGGUCGAAUUGGAGCAUGAGCCAUAGGAAGCUCUUUUGCUUGGGCCGCACACUUUUGAAAAGGUGCAGGAUCUUAGUUCUUGAUGAAGCCACGGCCUCUAUAGAUAAUGCAACUGAUGCCGUCCUUCAGAAAACGAUCCAGUCAGAAUUCAAACAUUGCACCGUUAUUACUGUCGCACACCGUAUACCAAUAGUUAUGGGCUGUGACAUGGUACUUGCAAUAAGUGAUGGGAAAGUAGUGGAGUAUGACAAGCCCAUGAAGCUCAUGGAAACUGAGGGAUCUCUCUUCCGUGAGCUGGUCAACGAGUACUGUUUCCCAGGAGAUAUGCUAGAAUUAGUUUCAGAAAAAGGAUAUGCUGGCCUCGAUAAGAGAAUAAAAGAGAUGCAGUAAUCUCUCGACAUACCUCUAUUUGGGAUCGGAAGAAAAUACAGUGCAAUCUCAGUUAUUGCCUGGAAAAUUCUUUUGCUAUCAACUACUACCUGAAGUUAUGAGCUACAUAUAGUUUAGCUUAUGCUCGUUGGUGUUGCCACUGUUCAGAAGCGCUGAGGCUGAAUAGAAUAAGCCCAUGAACAUUCCUUCGCUCCAGCGAUCGGAUGUAGGAGGCUAUUCGAGAGGAAUUACAAAUUUGUAACCCUGCUGUCACCAUUAAUACAUUGUUGGAACUGCUUAUAGGAGACAAAUGGAGGGAUGGCCUAUUGUUCGUAGCCAAGUUAUAUAGUUUGUAUACAUUAUUUUGCAGCACCGUCUUUGGAACCUCCUGGGGAUUGCUAAGAUGGACAGAGGGGCGCUGGGACCUAACCAUGGCGAUGCUCGACCGGAGGCGAGGAAGACAACCGCAACUUAGGUGAUUUAUGGCCUUAUGGAGCGAUUCCUUCUGCUCGAAUGAUUG